GAAUCAGGUGUGGAACGUUCUGAUAUUCGUGGUGUGUCUAUCUAAUUACUACUCGGAAAAUUUACUACGAUGUCGCCGGCAGAAGUGGGAAAGGAGCCUGGGUAUGUGUUGACUCGGGAUAUGUACGCUUCGAUUCGGCUUAAUCUACAGCAUUAUCUCUGGAAAGAUGGACUCGGGUAUCUUUUGCACCCAUCGAUUCCUCUCCCGUCCCCUAAAACGAGAUAUCGGAUUGCCGAUUUGGGGACUGGUACCGGGUAUGUGGUUUCUGACUGUGAUCUGUAUUUCAUCUCAUGGGUUGUUCGAAUUUCAAUGUCUGAUAUCAAGCGCCCUGGCAUUAGAAUCUGGCCCUUAGAUCUCGUCCGGCAACUACCCUCCACAGUCCAACUAUAUGGUUUCGAUAUUUCCUCCUCUCAAUUUCCACAUCCGAAUUACCUACCCGCGAAUGUGAAAUUGGAAGUUCUGGAUAGUCUUCGAGUUGAUCCGCCCGAAGAAUUGUUAGGAAGUUUCGAUAUAGUGCAUUUACGUCUUUGGCUUGGUGUUGUAAUGAACGGGGACCCGAGUGCGCUUCUGACUCAUGCGUUGAAAUUGUUGCGUCCGGGGGGAUAUAUUCAGUGGGAUGAAAUCGAUCCAAAUCGGGGGAUUGCUGAAGGACCAAAUGGUGAAGAGUCACCGCAUGUCGCUAAGAUACUUAAAAUGCAGGCAAACAUUAAAGAUCUCAGAUGGAUUCCAACUCUCCCUAGAUUAUUCGCACAAUAUGAUCUAGAAGAUAUCAAGGAGGACUUUGCAUUCGAACAACCAUGGCAGUCCAAAAUGGCAGGGGAUGGAUCUUGUGCUGUUGUGCAUGAGAUGGCGAGUAAUGGGAGUCCGUUCAUUGCGGAUAAGUUGAAGAGGGUGGGCGUGGAUGUUCCGAAGGCAUAUGAGGAGGUUUGUGAAGGUGCGAGACUUACGCAGCCGUUUUGUGUGACGGUUGGGAGGAAACCAAUUCAGACGAGUACUUGAGAUUUUGGUCUUGGUUGGAAGGAAGUAGGUAGAAUAAGCCCUAUCGUGCACAUUUCAAUGAUGGAUACCUAUUAUAUAUCCAUGGAAAUUUGCCACACGAAGCGUGCUGGAAGGUAAAGAUUUUGUGUUUGUCAUAGUCAUGUUGGCAUGACGAAUACUUCGCCGUACCGCUUGAACAAGAAUAUAAGAUAGACAAAAGCCAAAUUGCUAUACAACUGCAAGGGCUGGAUGUAUAUACAACUAUGGACUCGAAAUACUACAAAAAGACA